AUGAGCACUCCUCGAGAUCAAGCUGAAUCUUCAUCCAGUCGAAAGCUUGGCCAUCGCAAGAUCCCUAUGCAAAAGAUAGAGAAGGACAGCAACCUUCUAGUCACUUUCUCAAAGCGCAAGUCUGGAGUUUUUAAGAAAGCAAGCGAGCUAUCCACUUUGACGGGUGCAGAGGCUGGCGUCGUAGUGUUUUCUCCUGGUGAAAAACCCCAUUCCUUCGGACAUCCAAGUAUCGAUUCUGUUUCCAGCAAAUUCCUUAACACAGAGAAUAUAAGUGGAGGUGAUCAAUGGAGAGAGGGUCGAGAUUUGGCUUGGAUUCGGCAAUACGAGCUCAACCAUUUGGCUCGACUGGAAGCAGAGAUAACUGUAGAGAAAGCACGGGGCGAACAAUUGCUGAAGAUUAGGGAGAAUAUGAUACCAUCAGGAGCUGUGACCACCUUUGCGAGUGACAUGGAAUCCUGGGUGAAGAAUAUGACUAGUGGAAUGCCCGUUACCACUCGGGCGGCACCCAAUGUUGGUAUGGAUCAUCCGCAUGGAGUAGGGUCAAGCUCAAUGAUGCCAUAUGAUCAACGCUUCAGGCCGAGUGGAAAUGGUGGCAACAACCAUGACAAUGGUGGGGGACUAUGA